GUCCGUUGGCCAGGUACGUGCACUUUUGGAAGGCCAGGGACGUCGUGUGCCUGCCAGUCAAAGAAGGACAGAUGUACGACUACAUGAAGGCCGUGCCGAACUCGGCCCCGACGUACUUCAGAUCUCUUUUGAUUUCUGUCAGUUUUGCAAAGCACCUUUGUUUGGUUGUUCUUGAAUCCCUGGAUAGUGGGAGGAUCAAGGGUCUGGCUAAUGCCCAUUACUCCGCCCGUUGUGCCGUUAAAAGGCGGCCUGCCUUGACUGUGUUGCAGGUAAUCUUUCUUGAGGGCAUUGUGUGGAACGAUGCCAAGAAGGCUGCAGACCGAAUAGCCUCAGGAUGUUUCCUCCUAAUGACCUAUGGUCAUUUGCGAUUCUCUGACAUGCAGCGCGCCAACAGGCUUGUUAUUGGGUCAGAAGUUGGAUACUUGGAAGGCCAGGCCGAGAGAACGAAAACUAGCAUUUCAUUGGAGAGGAAAAUCCGUGCUCUGCCAAUUGCAGUCCCCCUCAAGUCGGUGAGCGGCAAGCCUUGGGUCAGGAAGUGGAUGGAGCUUAGGGCUUCCGAGGGUCUCGACGACGCACAUCCCAUGCUUCCCUCUCCCGCUUCUGGCGGAGGAUGGACUGAGGUGCCCUUGAAGGUCGGGACAGCCGGACUGGGAGCUGCAGGAUCCGUGCCAGUGCAGCCACCACCGCAGCAGGGUCAAGUGCCUGAGGUAGAAGCCGAGGCAGUGUCGUCCAAUUCGUCGGAUGGAUCGGAAGAUGAAGAAGAGGCCUCCUUGACCGAGGAGGAAGAGGCCAUUAAUGAAGUGGCCGGCCAAUGGGGUCCUGAUCCCGAAGCCAAACUUUGUGCAAGGCACAAACAAACGAGAUACCUCCACUUGGUGAGGGACGAAGCAGGUACCCAUCUUAAGUGUGGGAGAGCGAUUUCGACGCGAUUCGAGAUCCUGGCAGAUGCACCUGCCUUUAUGCAUCCCGCCUGUUCGGUGUGUUUUCCAUCGACUUGA